UUCAAGUUUGGUUAUUGGUAUCAACAUCGAGUUAACGAAAUAAUAUUCCAAUUAUUAUUAUUUUUUUAACUUUCUUACAGUGGAAUAGUGAAUAAAUCGAUAAGAAUUUACUGACGCAAUUCGCCAUAAAUAAAAAUCCAUUCGAAGCAAUAAAAAUUGAACAUUACUAACAAAUUGUGAAUUUAUUAAUUAAAAUAUGUUAUUACAGAACGUAAAAAUGAAUAGAAGUUUGCAAUUGUGUACAAUUUCUACAGUGUUAUGACUGAACAAUCAGAAGAUAAGAAUACAGAAACUAUUUCAAAUGAUAAACCAAAAAUUGAAAUGCCUCCACCUACGUCGACUAAAGUCGUGAAAAGAAUAAUUGCAGGCAAACACGCAUGCGCAGCGUGUAACCAAGCCUUCGCCCAACUGAAAAGACUUAAAUACCACAUCCGAUCCAACCACUACAACCUCAAAUCGAAGAUACCGAUCUUCUUGAAGAAAAACGUCAACGACGUUUGGUUCGAAAGAGUUUCGAAUACAGAUAAUAUAGCGGAAAUGACAAAGGUCACAGAGUAUAAAUUGUUAGUUCGGAAAACAGAAUUCGACGAGACAAUAGUUAAUGAUGAUACAGAAGAUGUUGAUGUUUCGGAUUUAUAUCCUAUUGAAUAUAAAAAAGAGAAGAUAGAAUGCAAUGAGUGUAAUAUAGUUUUAACGAGGAAGGAUUAUAAGAAGCACUUUAAAAAGAAUCAUUAACGAAAUAAGCCUAGAAUUAUACAUGAAGGGAUACUGAAGACUCGAAGGCGAAUCACAAGAAUAAUAAUUUUACGAUGAAAAGAUGACUAAAGUCUUUUAUAGCACUUACUAUGGAUACCUACCAGAUGAAACUGCACUAAAUAAUAUCACAAUCGUUAUAUGAAAGUAUUUAUAUAUUUAUUUGAUAAUUUUAAUAAAAAUACGUUAUCGUAACCAAAAAUUUCUGAUCUUAAAAGUAAAAGUGAC